AUUUAAGAAAUGAGUACUCAAAACGGAGAUAGGAAAUCAAAUGCCACUCAGUACUUACUUGGGAAGACUCUUGGAGAAGGCACUUUCGGUAAAGUCAAACUGGGGACUCAUGUCCUCACUGGAGAAAAGGUGGCCAUCAAAAUCUUGGAAAAAUCAAGAAUAUUUAAUGUGAAAGACUCCAAGGGAAGUAUAGAAAGAGUCACUCGUGAGAUCCAUUUUCUGAAGCUCAUGAGACACCCAAAUAUUGUCCAGUUAUACGAGAUUAUCGAGACCCCUAAACAACUCUAUCUCAUUAUGGAAAUGGCAGACAACGGAGAGUUGUUCAAAUUUAUUGUGAAAAAUAAAAGGCUUAAUGAAAAGAUCGCUUGAAAGUUCUUCCAACAAAUAAUUAGUGGAAUUGAAUACCUCUCUAAAGUCAGAGUUGUUCAUAGAGACCUCAAACCAGAGAACUUGCUUCUAGAUUUUGAUCACAGCAUUAAAAUAGUUGACUUUGGUCUUUCAAAUACAUGGAAACAUGGAGAAAGACUAAAAACUGCUUGUGGAUCACCAUGUUAUGCUGCUCCAGAAAUGAUUGCUGGAAAGUUAUAUCAUGGAACUGAUGUUGAUCUCUGGUCCUCAGGAAUUGUUCUAUACGCUAUGGUAUGUGGUUAUCUCCCAUUUGAAGACCCAAAUACUUCAAAUCUUUACAAGAAAAUUCUCUCUGCAAAUGACAAGAUCGACACUAUAAUCCCAAAUUUUUUAUCAAAAUAACUGCAAAGACUUGCUAAUGAAAAUCCUUAAUACAAAUCCUAGGAAAAGGUACGACCUGAGUCUUAUAAAAGAGCACCCAUGGUUCAACCUUUUAAAGCCAAAUCCAAGUUCAGGCAUUCUUAUGGGGAAGGCAGAGGCUCCCAUAGAUGAAGAUAUUGUUGAAUGUCUUGAAGAGUAUAAUUUCGAAAAAGAUGAACUCCUUGAAGCUCUGAAGGCAAAUAAACAUACUCUUGCCACUACUUCCUACUAUCUCCUUCUUAAAAAGAUGGAAAGGUGAAGAAAAUAAUUCAAGCAAAAGUGUUAGAAUGAAAACUAAAGAGGGCAAUAGAGUGCUAAACAACAGUGUACAGUACUCAACUCACCUUGAAGAUCUUAGCCCACCAUCUAAGCCUCAAGGCCCGAUUAUAAAUAUCUUUUCCUUGUAUGAUAAGGAUAAACCAAAAAGUACAAAGAAUUCAGUCAACAGGAGUAUAAAUCCUUCUCUAAAGAACAGUCCUCGGCUCCGAAAGGGUUUCAACUUUGACCACACCAUUGGUGCUAACAAACCUUCCCUUGCUAUAAAGAAGAGGAUAAAAAUUGGUAGCGUUAGGCAGAACAAUUUCAUUAAUAUCCGGAAAGGAACGAGUCAUCAAAGGAGAACCGCUACAAACUCCCCUACAUACCACAACGUGACCUUUUCUCCAAGCUUUAACACUACCAUGAGAUACAAGACUCGAUGGAUUGGCGAGAAAAUGAAUUUCCAGGCCAAAGAACCAGUCAAAUCAAUAUACACCCCCAAUAAUGUUUUCAACAAAGCUCGGCUAAAACCUCGCAUGAACUUCUCUCUGGACCAGAAGAUCUCAAUCAGAGGGCGUCUUAAAAAUAACCUGGUAAACAACAACAACUUUGUAAUUCCCAAUUCGAUCAAGAGUAAACCCCCCACCCAAUGUUUGCCCACAGCCAAAAUCUCUCAACAAAUAAAUACCAAAUUUUCCAACUACGUAAAGAAGUUCGAAUAUUACAGAAGAAAAUUUAAGUAA